GAUGGCAACGACGACGACGACAAUUCAACUGGAUUUUUGAUUAUUAUCAUCAACAAAUAUAAUUAUUAUAUGGUUAUAUAUACAUACGUACAUACACACACUAUAGCUGCUGCAGCUACAGUAUACUGACACCGUAGACCGAACCCACUGAUACAGAUUUUGCGGAGGUCAUAUUAUUAUUAUUAUUAUUAUCGACGGGUUUCGGGUUUGUUUGUUUUAUAUUUUCUCCGGGCAAGAAACGUUUGUUGCCUCUCAGGCUUUCAGCGUUUUCAACACUUUUUCACAACGAAAAUGAAGCGGCCGACACAGCACCGCGUUGCAGGAGGAUAAACCGUCGUCGCUUCUGGUAAACAGUACAAGUCUCUUCUGUGUUUGCUGGCACCUAAAAGCCCGUCUAAAUGGCGUCAGCAUCGUUCAACGAGAAGGUCGACCCUGAGCUGAUAUUCACCAAACAGGAGCGUAUCGGUAAGGGGUCUUUCGGCGAGGUGUUCAAGGGCAUUGACAAUCGUAGCCAACGCGUAGUGGCCAUCAAAACUAUUGAUCUGGAAGAGGCCGAAGACGAGAUCGAGGACAUUCAACAAGAGAUUAUGGUGUUGUCCCAGUGUGACAGUCCUUAUGUUACCAAAUACUAUGGAUCCUAUCUUAAAGGCACUAAACUGUGGAUCAUCAUGGAAUAUUUGGGUGGUGGCAGCGCCUUGGAUUUGAUGAAGGCCGCCGGAGCAGGUGGGGGUGGUUUUGAAGAACAGCACAUCGCUGUGAUUCUACGUGAAGUGCUCAAGGGUCUUGACUACUUGCACGGCGAGCGCAAACUCCACCGAGACAUAAAAGCCGCCAAUGUACUGCUUAGUGAACACGGUCACGUCAAACUGGCUGAUUUCGGUGUUGCUGGCCAACUGACAGCGACUACCAGCAAACGCAACACAUUUGUAGGCACCCCAUUUUGGAUGGCUCCUGAAGUGAUUAAGCAAUCAGCGUACGAUUCUAAGGCCGACAUUUGGUCGCUGGGCAUCACAGCCAUUGAAUUGGCCAAAGGCGAACCACCCAAUUCGGAACUGCAUCCUAUGCGAGUACUGUUCCUUAUUCCAAAAAACAAUCCCCCGCAGUUGACGGGAAACUACAGCAAGGCGUUCAAGGAGUUCGUUGAGGCGUGCCUGAAUAAAGAUCCUGACAACAGACCAACAGCCAGGGAACUUCUGCGGUACCCAUUUGUACGCAAGGCCAAAAAGAGCUGCGUAUACUUGGUGGACUUGAUAGACCGAUAUAAAAAAUGGAAGGCGCAAAAACAGGCUAGGGGAGGCACGGGAGGUUCUAGUGAUGACGACAGCGGAAGUGAUGGUGCUGCCACUGACGGCUCAGACGCGGAUGAUAACGCUGAUGAAGAACCUUCAUGGAUAAUGACAGUACGUGGCCGACCUACUGCACUAAAUGCCUCAACCAUCAAUAAUUCAGUCGCUACGACAACAGCUGUCAACUCUGGAGGAACCAACAUAAACUCGACUGCGGUUGUCUCACCCUCAGGAAACCCCACCAACUCCAUUGGUAGGAAGCACCAGCAGCAGCCGCAGCAAAAUGGUGGCGAUGACAUAUCAAACCACCAGGAACCCGUCCACAAUGUCCACGGUGCAAAACAAUCACAGCGGACGCCUCCUCUUCAUCCAUCGUCACAGCCGCCAUCGUUGCCCCCGCAACCACAGUCAGCACUGUCAUUUAUACUGCCUAUCAUUGCUGAGUUGCAAAAAAGAUACUCGACAACAGUAACCACUGAAUUGGCAGCCGCGUUCCAGGCUGCUGGCCCGGCAGUGGCCGACCGGUUUGUCAACGAACUGGUACGUGCUCUCACGCCACCCGUAGCACCCACAAACAGCAGCCGAAUUUCUGGUGCACAACCCCGAAUAUCGGCUACAGCAGCUCCUCGCAAUAUUUCAUCUGUAGCCGCAGUAACACGAAACAGUAACAAACGUUGAGGCAGUUGAAAAUACGAACAACUAACAUUGAAUCGGCCAUAGCAAGAAAACUUCAUCUUCAUAUUAAAAUACAAAAUUUAUUUUAAAUAAAAAUACUUAUUUUAUAUAAAAU